UGUGAAAGUAGGAGAUUAUCAAGGACGUACUCUUUCAGUUUUCAGUGGGACCACAUUGUUAUAUAAUCCCGAUAUUCAUGAGGCUAAGGAAUUACGUGAUUGCUAUCGAACAAUAGAUGAAAAUCAAGAAUUUAAUUCCUUUUCUGGUAUGGGCGGAGGAUAUAUUGCAAUGCAAGACAAAAUUGAAAAUAGGAAAACCAUUGAACAAGUCAAAUCUGAGAAUCUUGGCAGUGGUGAAAAA